GCGCUCUGCCCCGCUUCCGGCGCGCCUCAGACCCGAAGUGUCGAUUGGAAGAGUUUACAAAAAAAAAAAUAGAAAAUCCCAAAACAAAACCGAUCGCAGUUUAAUUCAUUUGAAUGCAGUUCAAGUUCGAGGGGAAACAAAAGGCUGUUGCGAGCGAAGGAUCUCGGUCGACAGGAGCUUCACGUCCCGCGUAAGAAGUAAAGGGUUCAUCAGCUCUCUAUGGGAUUUCCUCAGGAGCUGUCUGUCUGAUAUCGCCCCGCCCCCCCAGCACACAUGGGUGUGGCCACGAUGGACACGCCCACCCAGCCAGGAACCAGUCCAGUGGCGGAUGUGGUUUUUGUCAUCGAGGGCACAGCCAAUCUGGGACCUUACUUUGAAUCGCUACGGAAACACUACAUUCUGCCAGCCAUCGAGUAUUUUAAUGGAGGUCCCCCUGCAGAGACUGACUUUGGAGGAGAUUAUGGGGGUACCCAGUACAGCCUGGUGGUUUUUAACACAGUCGACUGCGCCCCUGAAUCCUAUGUCCAGUGCCACGCCCCCACCAGCAGCGCCUUCGAGUUUGUGACCUGGAUUGACAGCAUGCAGUUUAUGGGUGGAGGUGCUGAGAGUUGCAGUUUAAUUGCAGAAGGGCUGAGCACCGCCUUGCAGCUGUUUGAUGACUUCAAGAAAAUGAGAGAGCAAAUAGGGCAGACUCACAAAGUUUGUGUGCUGGUGUGUAACUCUCCCCCCUACCUGCUUCCCGCGGUGGAGAGCUCCACUUACUCGGGAUUCAGCACUGACAACCUGGCCCAGAUCAUCGGAGACAGAGGGAUUCUCUUCUCAGUUCUUUCUCCUCGGAAGCUCCCGGCUCUUCGCUCUCUGUUUGAAAAAGCCUCUCCCGGCGGGGGGGCAGCCGACCCCCAGAGUAAAGAUUUCGGGCAGGACCCCCGUCACAUGAUCCUGGUGCGAGGCAUCACCCUGCCAGUUGCUCCGGGGGGAGGUGCAGCUCCCAAGACGGUGAUACCCCAGCUGACCCCGGGCAGUCAGACUGGUCUCCUCCCAGUGCUGUCCCAGCCCUCUCCCAGCAGCCAGGCCAUCCCCCCCCCGGCUCAGCCAUACCAGGUAAUCAGUUCUCAAGAUUCAGCACCCAGUAUCAAUAAUCAAUACUCAACAACCAGUAAUCUCCUCUCUCUCUCUCUCUCUCUCUCUCUCUCUCUCUCUCUCUCCCCCCCCCCUCCUCCGCCCCCCCCCUCCUCCUCCUCCUCCUCCUCCUCUUCCUCUCUCAAUGCUGCUCAGGCUGCAGCUCAGAUGGCCGUCGAAGCUGCAAACAACCAGAAGAGCCGCUUUUCCAGUCUGGCCCCCGCUGGCCCCCCCUUCAGCCAGCCGGGGUCCCUCCCCAAUGUGGGCGGAGUCAAGCUGGCCCCUCCACCCGUGCCCGUGAUCCCACCCUCUCAGCCCAGCCUGGCCUCCGUAACCACGGCUACCACUGGAAUGCUGCCUCACCAGCAAGGCCCCCCCCCUCAGCAAGGCCCCCCCCAGGGAGCCCCGGCCAAUCAGCAGCCUCCACAGCAAGGGGGCUCGUCCAAUCAGCAGCCGGGGGCCAUGCCCACUGUGCCCGCGGCCCCGCCCACCUCCAACCCCAUUGGCCAGCCCCAGCUCCCCGGGACCCAGCAGGGCGUGGCCAACAAGGUCCUGGCCUGGAGCGGCGUGCUGGAGUGGCAGGAGGUGAGAGAGACUACAACUCCCAGCAUGCCCUGCCCCCUGGCCCACGGGCAUGCUGGGAGCUGUAGUCCACCAAGCCCUCUUGCCGGAAUGCCGUCAGACUCCCGUCUACCCUCGGACAUCAACAAAUUGGCUGCCCUCACCCAAACACAGAGUGUACCUCCCGGGACACAAGACGGCACACAGAGGAUAGACUCAGCAGACUUGCUUGCCAAGUUGACUCGCUCGCUUCCCUGUCAGGUUUACGUCAACCCUGGAGAGAAUCUCAAAGCUGACCAGUGGCCUCAAAAAUUAAUCAUGCAGCUGAUUCCUCAACAACUCCUGGUACGGCUUGGUCCUCUCUUUCGUAAUUCCCGGAUGGUUCAGCCGGUUUCCAACGUUCACUAACAUAGAUCUGGAACGCUUGGGCUGUAUCGGAUCCUCUCCUCUCUCCAGGCUGGCUGUGUUCAUUUCCCUCACAGCGCUCCCUGUGAAGUCCGGGUUCUCAUGCUGCUCUACUCCUCCAAGAAGAAAAUCUUCAUGGGUUUGAUCCCGAACGAUCAGAGCGGCUUUGUGAAUGGAAUCCGCCAGGUCAUCACCAACCAUAAGCAGGUCCAGCAGCACAAGAUAGAGCUGCAGCACAGGACUAUGGGGGGUGUGGCUCCGGUUCAGCCUCCCCCAGGAUUCUUACAGAAACAGAGCGGAGCGAUUGCUGUGCAGAUGGCCGGGCAGGCAACACUGCUGGGAUACCUCGCACUGCCAGGUCUCAAUGAUGGACACCGCAACACACACUGUGAGUGUGUGUGUGUGGUGUGUGUGUGCAACCCACACUGCCUUCCUGUCUGUAGGUCACACUCUCUCUCGCUCUCUCAGAUGCAGAUUCGCGCUCAGCAGCAGGCAGCCAAUCAGCAGCAAGCAGGACAAGCCCCGCCCUCCCAGGGGGGACAGGCCCCGCCCCCACAGCCAGGGGUGCUUCUGAGACCCCCGAACCCGGGAGCCAAUCCACAGCUGCAGGAGCCUCUUACUGACCCACGCAGCAAGCAGCGUGGGUACAGGCCCCGCCCCCCCAUCCAGGGUGCACAACUGCACCCCCGAACCCGGGAGCCAAUCCACACCCAGCUGUUGGGAGCCUCACAACAGCGCAGCAGCAGCAGUAGCAGUGACGCUGUGUGUUCUCUCUCUCCCUCUCUCUCAGCGGCGAUGCUCAUGGCAGCGGGAGCGAGGGGGGGGGUCCCACAGCCCCCCGGGAUGCCUCAGGUCCCGAGCGGAAUGGAAGAUGAUAUUCUGAUGGACCUCAUCUGAGAGAAUGGGGUGGGGGGGGGAGUUUGGAAAGAGACACCUACUUACAGCCACAAAAAAAAAAAUAAAGAAGGGGUUUCAUUUUAUAAAUAAAGAGUUUAGAAAUUUAAAACAA